UGCACGAACUUAUAUGGUAUGGGGAGUAAAUGCUAGUUUACUUAUAUAAUUCAUAUUUUGAAGCUGUAUAGUGUGCGGAGCGAUGGCGAGACAAUUGGGAGGUCCUCUGCUGUGUGUGGGAGAUUUGUUGUCCGAUCUCUCCCUCCAAGACGACGAUAACAACUACAACGAUUCCCAACAAUGCUCUUCUUCAACCUUUCCACAAUCACAGCAAACCUUACAUGAAAUUUUUGAGAAUAAUUAUAAGGAUUUGAAUGUGGCAUUGAUGAAUUCAGAUCAUUCGUGGACAAGUUUGACUCAGAAGGUAUGUACAGCACUGAAAAUAGCAGAUAAGCUCGUUCAAACAUCUCAUGUUGAACUAGAACAACUUUUGGAGAAGGUACACACCCUAGAAAACAUACUAAAAAGGGGGGAAGCAGCUUGUAAUAAUUUCAAACUCACGGAGGUGAAACAGAAUGCUCCAUCUUAGAAAUUGAAUUAUGUUUUCUGAAGAAGAUCAAGAUUAUGAUGUGCUACUAUUUUCCACAACGUUGUUAAGAACAUGGGUGAAGCAGAUCACUAGCAGUAGAAAUACCAAUUAUCAUGAAGCAUAAAUUUCUGAAAAUAGAGAAGACGAACUCUUAUGUACGUGAUUUUGUACUAAUAGCAAUUGUGAGUAAAAGAUAUUUUUGUUUGGUAUUGUGUAUUA